ACAAGCAUACAUCUAUUGAGAUAUAUGUACCUAAAGAAAGCAGUAGCAGAUCAAAGGAAACAUGUCGAAUUUACUGUUCAUGGAUGAAUCGAAUGGCAAUGGUGUGUAUGCAACGUCUGCGACAGCAAUUUUAAUCAACAAUACAAAUAUCAAUAAUAAUAACAACAACAACAACACAAACAACAAUAACAGCAUUGGGCGUGGUAACAGCAAUCACAGCAAUAGUAACAACAAUACACCACCCGCCACAUCGACGUACAACAAGAGCAAUAAUUACAACAAUAAUAACAACAACAGCAACAUUAACAACAGUGGCAACAACAUCCAAAGUUUAAUGGCAGCAGCUUCAAAUGCAGCCGGCACGGCUGCAUGUUCCAGCGGUGGAGUCAUCCCUCCACAGCUGCCAACGUCACUAUCAAAUGAAGAUCUUAGUCAAAGUCUUUCCGAAUAUACGGAUGCCGAUGAAAGCAUAUCAGCGCCAACAGAAUUCUUAGCCGAGUUUCUGUCAUCAGUCAUGCUCAAGGAUUACAAAAAAGCUUUAAAAUAUUGCAAACUGAUUUUGCAGUAUGAACCACACAAUUCGACAGCAAAGGAAUUCUAUCCAUUGAUAUUGGACAAGUUACGUGAUGCCACCUCGAGUGACAGUGACGAAAACUAUAAUAAAUCAUCAUCCUCACCGGAAUUAAUACUGGAACCCCCCUCAUCAGAUCCAUCGGCUGGAGAAAGUGACGAACAGGAAGCAUUAGCUGGUGAGGAAAAGCUACAUCGUCAGCAUAUACGACGACCGCAUUUACCCGACGACUUACGUUUGGCUGAGGGCAUUUUAGAUCCCAAUUCAAAUGUGAGCAGCAACAGCAAUAGCAUUGAAGACGACAUUGAUGUUGGUGAUGAGGAAGAAGAAGAGGAGGAGGGUGCGGGUGGUGUUCUUAGCAGUGGCUCAGUAGGUGUUAGUCUUAGCGAUUCCGUAGAUGGUGACGAUGAUGAUGAUGACGACGACGGCGAUUGUGAAGAUGCCGAUGAUGAUGAUGAUCCGGAGGACGAUGAUGAUGACGAUAUUAUGAGCAGCAGUGGUGAUGAUUUACCCGUCGAUGAACAUCAGGUCAUUGUCGGCGAUGUACUAGACAUAGAAAACUCAGGUAAUGCAUGUGGUGGUGCUGAAGGUGUCGAUGGUGUAGCUUUAAAUGGUUCAAAUUCAUCCCGAAAUUCUUCGAGUGGUGGUAAAAUUAGUAGCCGAAGUGACAAUACAACACACUCAUAUUCGAGUCUAUUGUUGGAGGAGGAAGAUGAUAUAGUGCCUGCAAAUCUACACUUUCCCAAGGAUUUUAAUACACCUGAUUUGGAUGUUAGCAAUG